UUAAAGAAGAGUUAAUAUAUUACAUAUUUUCCUUCACUAAUUCCUUGUUACCUGUUUUAUUUUCUUUUCUAAAUGCAGGAAGGCUACUAACUGCAUUCAUAUGUGAAUAUUUUGACUGGGCUCAAUUAAACCACACACUUAAAGUUUAUUUGCCAGAGUGUAAUUUGCCAAAGGAUUCUUGGAAAUCAGAGCUAAAAGAAUUUAGCAGCAAGAAUGGAUAUGAUCUUAACAGGAAUGGGGAUAGUGGUCCAUUGCUUUUGGAUGUUCUCGAAGGAUUUUUGAAGUACGAGAACUUAUCUCAAGGAAGGGGUGCUGGGAGGAGAUUGACAACACCAGAUGCUGAAUCUCUUUCCAAUGUAGAAACAAGGAACAUGAGGAGGCCUUCUUCAUCUUCAGUUGCCGGGGGCUUACCUCCAUUGGGAAGGCCAGGUCCUGCUGCCCAGUCAUCUGAUAGAAGAGCAGGUUCGUCAGUAUCUGGGUACAGGAAGGAUGAAUACAAUUGGAGAUAUGACAACGAUGAACUUGCAGAAGAUGUAAUUCGUGCUUCAUCUGCCUUGGAAAACCUUCAGUUGGACAGAAAAGCUCGGAAUCUUACCACUUCCUGGCGGCAUGGAGGGGAUGGCAUGUCCGAGGAAGAUGGCAGGGUAGAAUAGGCGUGUCGCAUAGUGUUCUCCACAUCUCUAAAUCUCAGAAUUGAUGUUAUCUUAAACCAUUGACUUCUAUUUUGUGUAAUGGACAGUGAUGUUUCUUAUGAUUGAAAUACUGUAUAUUGCUUUUAGUAGAUUGAUAUGAGUUUUUCUUCCAUC